GCUAGAAACUAACUCUAACCACUAGCUAAGCUAGAGUAUCCAAACAGGGCCAUAGAUGUGCAGUUUAUGGACUUGAUGCCAAAAAAAAUUUCGACCAAAGUCCUCCUCGAUGUUCCCAUGGCUUGGGACGCCUUGCCACUUCCUAUCCUUCCUCAUCAUUUGCACGAGGCCAACACCAUCGUUUGCGGCAGCCUGUGAACCCGAGCGAUGCGGCAACGUGGGUGUCUCAGUCCCGUUCGGGGUAGUCUCGGGGUCUGAUGAGAAGCGGUGCGCCCAGAUCGGAUUCCAGGUGACCUGCACGGACGGCAUGCCGUAUCUCGGUUACUACCAGAGCAAAUACUGGCUUCAGAACCUCGACAUCUUCUACAACAACAGUUCCUUGCUCGUCUCCGACCUCCACAAGUUCGGAGACUUCAAUGUCCCGAAGGAGAAAGGCUGCCAUGUCCCAAAAGCCAACACCACCACGAAAAUCGGGCAUCAGUUCUCGAUCAGCUCCCUGAACCAGAACCUCGUUUUCUAUAACUGCACGAGGGCACCAGCGGCCCGAGCGGGGUUGGUGGACACGAUGUGCCGGAACAACACGUUUGUCCGUGCCGGAGGGCGUUACAAUGCUAGGGGCGUGAUUGCCGGCAGCUACGCUUUACCUGGCUGCAAUGUCACCACCGUGUCGGUGCUCGGGGUGACUGAGAAGGUGAAUGCCAGCAACUACCUGGAGCUCAUCAGCGAUGGCUUCCUCCUGAUGUGGCAGCCGCCAAGUGUUGAUAAUGGUAAGCUCACUUAUCCUCGUCAGUCGUCAAAUACUUCCUCUGUAUAAAAAUAAUUAUAGUUGAGAAGAACCAGACUAGUUCUCUCCAACUAUAAUUAUUUAAUAAUGCAGGGAGUACUUCUCAGCAGCAACUAGGCGUCGGACACUAAAUGAGUGUCCAGGAUUGGUGAAGCGGCUCCUCUGCUGUGCGUUGUGUGCCGUUGGGCUACUGAUAUGUGGGUUAUUGAUGGGCAUAUAUGUCAGUGGUGGAACGCAGGGAUGUCGAACGUUAGAGGAUCCUCUUUCUAGGAUUGGACACUUCGACGCAACAAUUUUUCCCACUUAGAUGAUCAAAAUCACCUAUCGUCGGCGUAUAAUCCCCGGUUUCAAACAAACUGGAGCAUAGUUGAAGAUUUGAUUAGAAACGACAACACAUUUAAAAUGACUACUAAGAUAUGGAUUCCCCUAACAAAAAGGUGAGACAUGCGAGACCUGUGACCGCCGGUCAUUGCUUGUGGCAAUAUGGCAGCGUGAUUGGGCAGGCCCUACCGAGGCAUGAGGAACUGGCCCACCUGCGUCUCUAGCAUCAGCCAGUAGUCAAAAUGGCAUUUUUCCCCAUGGAGCCGGGUACCCUUCGGGAUUUACCCGCUAAGAAACCGUGAUGGGGUUCAAAAUCCCCCUAUAGGUAUAACGGGGCGGGUACCUGCGAAGCAAGCGGGGC